AUGCCUAACAUUUAUUCAAGUGCAAUUGUGCCGAUCUAUCCACCCUAUCUCAACUUUUCAACUAUUCACGUAAUUAUUUGUAGCCUCUUUGUUUGUACGAUAUCCUGGGCGUGCACGAGCAUAACUUUCAUCAUUGGAUGUGACAGUCUAAUCUCCACGGCCGCGCUUCAUGCAAGUGAAAAAACGAAACGAAUGCAACGGAAAUAUUUUCAGUCACUUUGUAUUCAACUAUCGAUUCCGCUAAUAUCUCACUCAUUGCCCUGGUUCUACUAUGCCGCAAUUAUUGCCACUAGUCAAGACUUCAUUAAUCAGCUUCAGAUCGCCAACAAAUUCCUCAUCAAAGAAAGAGUGGGUCUACUCUCUGAUUACCAAAAAGAUCAAUUUGAAGCCAAUGUAGAAGAGUUCAAAAGAGAAAAGGCUGUUAAAAUGGUUAAUAUUUACGAAGAGUGGACAGGAAAAGCCGAUUCUCCUCGCGUCAAAAUUGUCAACCUGGUUUAUCAAAGAAAUUCUAAACAGCCAGAAAAACGGAGUUGGACGCCGACUUAUGAAGGGAAAUUGAUCGGAAUGCCUAGUGUAUGGUUUUCUGUGCUCACGGAAGAGGAUGAAGAAGAGGAUGAAGAAGAGGAUGAAGAAGAGGAUGAAGAAGAGGAUGAAGAAGAGGAUGAAGAAGAGGAUGAAGAAGAUGUAAUUUCGAAACUUCCUGGUUUUGGUUGGGAUCGAUCAAUCAAAGUAAAAGUCGAAAAACGUUCCAAACUUGCAAAUAUCCUUGUUAAACAAUGGGCCAAUUCUUUGUUGGAUAAUACAUAUGAAUCACCACGCCAAACGGAGCCUAUAUCGGAUGAAGUGGAAACUCUGAGCGGUGAACUGAAAAUUCCGAGCGGUGAACUGAAAACUCUUUUACUGGACAGCUUGAAUUGGAAGGACAAAUGGAAGAAUUGUAAUGGAACGAAAGAAUGCAGCUGGAAUCAAGAUGGUUACAUGGUUAAAACAACAAUGGCUCACCGAGUUUCAAAAUUUGAAAGCAAUCGUAAACUAUCCGAGACUCCGAAUCCGCAUUGGGGCCUUGUGUAUAAUGAAAAAUACGAUGGUGCCCUUGUUGGCUGUGUUGGAACUUUUUUUGGAACGACGCUUUUUAAUAAUGGUCUUCCUAGCAAAUCCCCGUAUCCAACUGGUGGGACGGCUAAAAAAGAAUACCAUCGAAUGACUAUGGAGUUACCUUCAGAAGCUGUUAAACUAUGUGUUGACAAGGCAAAAAGAGGA